AUGUACGACCACCUUGCUCUAUAUGCGAAGGAUGUAGAAAAAUCAUUUGGCUCAAAUAGAGUGCUAGACAAACUAUGCAUAAACGUUCAGAAAGGGUCCAUAUAUGGACUUUUGGGAUCCAGCGGUUGUGGUAAAACAACCUUAUUAAGAUGUAUAAUUGGAAGAAGUAAUGUAAAUAAAGGCGAGAUAUACGUACUAGGAGAAAAACAGGAUGGUAGUGCAGUUUUAGCAGAAAAAGUGGGGUACAUGCCACAGGAUAUAUCGUUAGUUGGAGAAUUAAGCGCAAGGGAUUCUAUAUAUUUCUUUGGAAGAAUCUAUAAUUUAAAAGAUGAUAUAAUAAAAAGUCGUUGCGAUGAACUGGUUAAACUGUUAGAUCUACCUACGGAUAAUAGGUGUGUAAGAGAUUGCAGCGGAGGAGAACAGAGAAGGGUAUCCUUUGCUGUAACGUUAGUUCAUAAACCUGAGUUACUAAUAUUAGAUGAACCCACUGUUGGUACAGAUUCCAUUCUGAGAAAUAGAAUAUGGAAGUAUUUAACGAAAAUAACUGAGGAGGAUAAAACGACUGUGAUAAUAACAACUCAUUAUAUCGAAGAAACUAGACAAGCCAAUCAGAUUGCUCUAAUGAGAAAGGGGAAGUUAUUAACUGAAGAAAAUCCGGAAACGCUCUUAGAAAGAUACGGCUGUGAACUACUGGAAGACGUCUUUAUUAUUUUAAGUUCUAGACAAGAAGAGACAGAAGAAACUUCUGGAGCAGAUAAUUUAGCUUUUCAGUCAUCUCACGCAAGCAUAAAUGAAUCUGCUGAACGAUCAAAUGAAGUACCGGAAGUAAUUAAUGAGGCGCCUCAACAAACGAGAACUAAAAGAAAAAAACAAUCCGUUUUUGAAAUGAUCAGAUUCAAGUCAUUGUUGUUUAAAAAUUAUAAAAAGCUCACGUCAAAUUUAAUAUCUACAUUAUUUCUCUUGUUGUUUCCCGCACUUCAGGUUUUGUUUUUUCUCACAGCAGUUGGCAGAGAAACAAAAGAAAAUCCAUUCGGUAUAGUCAACAACGAAAGAUCCCAAGAGUUCUGUAAAACAUUUCCCAGAAACGAGUCAGCUGUGCCUUACGAUAAAUUCAGUUGUCAUAUUAAUAGUGUCAGUUGCUUGUUUGAGGACUAUUUGGAUAUACCAUUACUACACAUCACGUGGUAUAAUUCAAAAUAUGAAGCGAUGGAUGCUUUGGAAUCAGGAAAAAUAAGAGGCUUUCUACAUAUGCAUCAGAAUUUGUCAGCUCUAAUUGAAGCUAGAGUUAAUUUAGGACUUGAUAAGUACGAUUUGCCAGAUGAAGAAAUGCAGGUGUAUAUGGAUAUGACAUCUCUUCUGGUAGGCGGAAUUAUUAAAGAUAGAAUCUUUGACAAGUAUAACUUAUUUCACGAAAAAAUCUACGAUGACUGCAAGUAUUUAUCGAAAUCAGUACAAAUACCUUUAAGGGUAGAAGAAAGCUUUUACGGUAAUAAAGAUGAAGAAUAUGUAAUUUUCAUCACUCCUGGAAUCAUAACUACGAUGAUAUAUUUUAUGGGAGUUUUAAUGACCUGCGUGAUAAUCGUGGACGAAAAAUGUGAAGGUAUUUGGGACCGAUCCAUCGUUGCCGGUGUGACAGCUCUAGAGUUAAGUUUGUCACAUCUUCUGUAUCAAACCGCAUUUAUGAUUAUUUUAUCGUUGGACUUCUUAUUGUUUGUAUUUGUAAUUUUUGGACAACCGUAUAUUGGAUCUUUGUGGCUAAUAUUUGCCCUUUUAUACCUACAAGGUUUAGCUGGAAUAAUGUUGGGAUUUGCAAUAUCAGUCUUAAGCAACAAUCAUAUAACAGCGAACUUAAUAGUUACGGGAAUCUUCAAUCCACUUGUAUUAGUUAGCGGUAUCUUUUGGCCCACCGAAGCAUUACACAAAUAUAUAUACUCUGUCGUAGAAUGGUUACCAUUAGCAAUUCCAAUAUCAGCAUUACGAAAUGUCAUCAGGAAAGGAUGGACACUUACAAACUUACAUACCCUUCACGCAAUAGGACUAUUGUGUUUCUGGAUUCUAUUUCUCUUAGUGGUGAAUAUCUACUUGACGAAAAGGAAAAGAUGA